AUGCUUGAUCGCAAGAGUAUCCUCGUAGAUGCCGAGCCUCAAUUCGACAAGAACAACAAGCCGACUUUAUCCUUAUCACACAACAGAACCUCGACCCAGAUCUUGGCUGGCCGUGGCCUACCAGAUGCACCUCUCUCUGCUCCGCCGCAUGCCGUCCAACCCACUUCCGUCCUAUCUCCCGUGACCGACUCGCCUGUCAGCAGCAUUAUACCGUUACCUCCCUCGAAACCCGUGCCUCGCGAUCGAUAUGGCUUCAAAAAGACAUCCCUACACAUCAGUGUACAAGACUAUGACGCCUGGGAGAAAGAAUACAACGUCCAUCUUGAAAGAAGACGAGGCAAGUGGGACAUUCUGAUGAAGCAGUUUGGCUACACCACCGAGAACCCUACACGCUUCCCCACAAAGUCUGAGAAGAUCAAGAGGUAUGUGCGCAAAGGUAUCCCACCGGCCUGGCGAGGCGCUGCUUGGUUUUGGUAUGCUGGUGGUCCCAAGAAGUUGGCUGAGGAUCCCGGACUAUAUUGGAAUCUUCUCAAACAAGUCAAUCAAGGUGCCUUGAGCGACAACGAUCGUGAGCACAUCGAACGUGAUCUCAACCGCACAUUUCCAGAUAACGACCGAUUCAAGCCUGACGACCGACCCACAACCUCUGAGCAGAGCCGCGGCGUCGGCGAGACUGAGAACGAGACAACUAUGAUCAAGGCACUUCGACGAGUCUUGCAAGCUUUUGCUGUCCACAAUCCAAGUAUAGGAUACUGCCAGAGUCUGAACUUUAUUGCUGGUCUCUUGCUUCUGUUCCUUGACGAAGACGAAGAAAAGGCUUUCAUCCUCCUGAACGUUGUCACCACCGAGCAUCUUCCCGGUACACACGGUGUAGCGCUAGAAGGAGCGAACAUCGACAUCGCCGUCCUCAUGACCUCCAUUAGAGAAUCUCUUCCGUCCAUCUGGGCAAAAUUAGACGAUAAACCAGGUACUCCAGGCGCAGGAGGUGUGCCUCGUCUACCCACCGUCAGUCUAGCAACCACAGCAUGGUUCAUGUCCCUCUUCGUCGGCACACUACCCAUCGAAUGUGUCCUCCGCGUAUGGGACUGCCUCUUCUUCGAAGGCAGCAAAACUCUGUUCCGCGUCGCCCUCGCCAUCUUCAAAUCUUCAGAAACCACUAUCAAAGCCGUCUCGGAUCCCAUGGAAAUCUUCCAACUCGUGCAGAGUUUACCUAGGGGUAUGUUGGAUGCCAAUGCACUUAUGGAGACUUGUUUCCGCAAGAGAGGUGGCUUUGGCGGCUUGAGUCAGGAUGUUGUGGAAAAGAGGAGGGAAGAAGGGAGGGUGGCUACUAGGAAUGGGAGGACGUUGACGGCGGGGAGUAAUGGGGAGGUUAGAGGCAGAGGUGAUACGGAUGUCAGUGGCAGGAGAAGCUUCAUGCGGGCGAAAAGCAAGACCAGGUUCUCGAGGCGGCAGACCAAGGGUGCGUAG